GGGGGAGAAGGCUGCAGGCCCCUAGGUUGGGGAACAAUUCCUGUAUGACUCCACCCCCACCGAGCCUCUACAUGGACUGGCCUAGACAGGAGGACUCCAUUUCCCAGAGAGCCGGUUCCCUGACUUCCUAUUCUCGGCUCCUCCCCAGCGGGGCAGCGUCCCGGCAUGCUGGGAACUCAUCUGGCCUGUCUCAGCUCCUGGAAGGUUUCCUGCUGUGCUUUUAGGAUCUUUGCUUGAGGCAGAGACUAAUUUUGAAGUAACAGAGAUGUCUACAAAGCUGAGGCUUCUUGUGGAAGGAUCUGGACCUCAAAGAUACAUGAAUGAGGUUCCUCAUGACUGCAUUUUGAGAGAAAUCCGUGACUCUGAUAUGCAGGGCUCAUUAACAUUAAAGGAUGUGGCUGUGGACUUCACCCAGGAGGAGUGGUGCCUAUUGGACCAUUCUCAGAAGGAAUUGUAUCUAGAGGUUAUGCUGGAGAAUGUGCAAAAUCUACUCUGUGUGGGUCUUCCAGUGCCUAGAGAAUAUUUUACCUCUUGUUUUCAGCAAGGGAAAGCACCAUGGCUGCUUGAGCAAAAAGGCCCCAGGAGCUACUGUCCAGAGACAGAGACUAAAUUUGAAGUGAAGGAAUUUUCUACGAAAAUGAGGAUUUUUGUGGAAGGGUCUGAUCCCAAAAGAUGCAUGAAUGACGGUUCCCAUCACUUCAUUUUGAGAGAAAUCUGUGACUCUAAUAGCAAGAUCAAUAAAAAUGUAAAUAGUAAAUAUGAAUUUGAUGACCCUUCAGAGAAAUUCAGCGAAUAUUCAGUCCUAAAUCAGCAUGUGAAAUUAAGCUCUGGAAAUGUCUGUUGUGAGGAUAGUCAAUACAGCAAUUGCUUUCCUAAAGUAGUAGGACUUUUUCAGUGGAAUGAGAAACCUUCUGAAAAGUCCAUGUAUCAAGGUAACCUAGGAGGAAUAGCCUUUGACUGCAGUUUAGACUUCAGUAGACAUCCAAAAAAUAAAUGUGUAGAAAUGGUUUCUGAGAAGGAUGAAGGAGGGAAAACUUUCAGUCAAAACUCUGAUCUUGCUGCACAUCAAAUAAUCCAUUUGGGAGAGAAACUUUAUGAAUGUAAACAAUGUGGAAAGGCUUUCAAACGAAAAGACUCUCUUGCAGUGCAUCAGAGAAUCCACUCUGGAGAAAAACCUUUUGAAUGUAAACAGUGUGGAAAGACUUUCACACAGAGGAGUCAUCUUGGUAAACAUCAGAGUAUCCACUCUGGAGAGAAACCUUAUGACUGUAAACAAUGUGGGAAGGCUUUCAGACUUAGGGACUACCUUGCUACCCAUCAGAGAAUCCACAUUGGAGAGAAACCUUAUGAAUGUAAUCAGUGUGGAAAGGCCUUUACACGGAUCAGCUCCCUUGCCUCACAUCAGCUAAUUCACUCUGGUGGGAAACCUUAUGACUGUAUACAGUGUGGAAAGGCUUUCAGACAGAAGGACCAUCUUGUUGUACAUCAGAGAAUCCACACUGGAGAGAGACCUUAUGAAUGUAUACAGUGUGGAAAGGCUUUCACAGAGAGGGGCAAUCUUGCUACACAUCAGAGAAUCCACACUGGAGAGAAACCUUAUGACUGUAAACAAUGUGGAAGGGUUUUCAGACAGAGGGACAAUCUUGCUGCACAUCAGAGAAUCCAUACUGGAGAGAAACCUUAUGAAUGUGAACAGUGUGGAAAGGCUUUCACAGAGAGGGACAAUCUUGCUACACAUCAGAGAAUCCACACUGGAGAGAAACCUUAUGUCUGUAAAAAAUGUGGAAAGGCUUUCAGACAGAGGGACAAUCUUGCUGCACAUCAGAGAAUCCACACUGGAGAGAAACCCUAUGAAUGUAAACAGUGUGGAAAGGCUUUUAAAUGGAGCAGCUCCCUUGUUACACAUCUGCUAAUCCAUCGUGGAAAGAAACCUUAUGAAUGUAAACAGUGUGGAAAGGAUUUUAAUUGUCUCCGCUCUCUUGCAGUACAUCAUAGAAUCCACUCUGGAGUGAAACCUUAUGAAUGUAAACAGUGUGGAAAGACUUUCACACAGAGGGGCCAUCUUUCUAUACAUCAGAGAAUCCACAUUAGAGAGAAACCUUAUGAAUGUAAACAGUGUGGAAAGGCUUUCACACAGAGGAGUCAUCUCAGUAGACAUCAGAGAAUCCACACUGGAGAGAAACCUUAUGAAUGUAAACAGUGUGGAAAGACCUUCACACAGAGGAGUCAUCUUGCUGUACAUAAGAUCACCCACACUGGAGAGAAGCCUUAUGCAUGUAAACAGUGCGGAAAUGCUUUCACACAGAAGGGCAGUCUUGCUACACAUCAGAGAAUCCACACUGGAAGAGAAACCUUAUAAAUGUAAACAUUUUGGAAAGUCUAUCAAAUGUAAAGUCUCCUGCAGCACAUCAAAGAUUCUACAUUGGAGAGAAAUCUUAUGAAUGUAAACAAUGUGGGAAGGUUUUCACAAAGAGGAGUCAUCUCAGUAGACAUCAGAGAAUCCUUCUGGAAAGAUACCUUAUGAAUGUAAACAGUGUGGAAAGGCGUUCACACAGAGGAGUCUUCUUGCUGUACAUCAGAGCAUUCACAGUGAAGAGAAACCUUAUAAAUGUAAACAGUAUUGAAAACCUCUCAAAUGGAAAGUCUUUCUUACAGCACAUUACAGAAUCCACACUGGAGAGGGACCUCAUGAAAAUAAACAGUGUGGAAAGGCUUUCACAGAGAGAGGAUCUCUCAAUAAACAUCAACGAAACCUCAUUAAUGUAAACAGUGUGGAAAGCCUUUCUCUUGUAAUCCAUCAGCUAAUCUACACUGUGUGAAUUCCUGUGUGAAAGAAGAAACCUUAUUGUAUCGGAUAAAAUCAUGCAAUAUUCUAUGUCAUAUAUUGAUCAGUUUAGUAAUGUUCGAUUAGAAACUUCAUUUAAAAAUUAGUGAAAGUUAGGUAUCCUUCUCAAGGAAGAUACAAAUCUCUCCCUUUGAAGAAUGGAGAAAUUUCCUUCCUCUUCAGCAACUUUUUAUAGAUACAUAAAUAUCAACCUUUUAUUCACUUUUUUUCUAAUAUGGCCAAAAUUUCCCCCUUUUUUUUCCUUAAAAUUUUUUUAAUUAAUGGAUUAAGAUGUUAGAUUGCCAUUCCCAUGGGAAAAGUCUUGAAACAUGCAACUACAAUUUUAACUCUGUGUCCUGAAUGUUUCCGUUUAAAAGGCCUUUGCCAUGUCUAAAUUCUGGCUUAACUUAAAAAUUUCAAAUUAAGAAAUGCCCCAUGAGAUCAAUAUGCUGGGAUACUUAAGGAGGAUUGGAAAAGAUAAAGAAAAUAUAACAUACACAGACAUUGUAUUUUAUACAGGUAGUGGGUGACUAGAAGGGAAACAUUGUGUUAAUUUCUGAUAUAUUUUGAGUUCAUUUGUAUAUCCGUGGACAUUGCUGUUGAAUCAACCACUCAGAGAAGUGCCUUUGUCCUCUCCCUUUUCCUAAAAAAAGCUGCAUAUUUUGCUGCAAGCAUCUCAUCCAGUCACCUAUCUACUCAUUUGAACCAGGAUGCAGACCCAAGUUCCACUCCAAGCAUUAUAAAUGUCAACAGUGCAUAAAGGCUUUCCCAAAGAAGGGCAAUCUUGCUGGACAUGAUUGUUUUUGCUAAGAGUGGAUUGGGGUUCCUGAAUGUUGAUUGCUUUUUAAGCUUCUGUUUUGCAGGGCUUUGCCUUUGUAGUAUCUUCCCUUCCUAGCCAGAAGCCCAAGUGAGGGCAAGUAAUGUGAUGUUCUUUGUACAGAGAGAUUUAAAGGAUUUUACCCUAAAGCUACCUUUCCUGCCCCUGCUGCUUUGGCUGUGUCCACCCUUGGUUCUUCCCAGGCUCCUCACUCUUCAUCCUUGGGUCUCAAGUCUCAGUGCCAUUGACAUACAUUGCCCUCAGGGAUAAGUCUGUGGUGCCUUCAACCAGGCCCUGAUAAUUGAGAGAUUUCUUCGGUCCUCUCUCUGACUCUGGAAUGGCAGGUGUUGUGGUGGAGAUGUGACCAGCUUGUGCUCUGAUGAAUGCAGUUUUACCCUCAUAUAUAGUGUUAGUAUCCCGAGACACUGCCUACCUAAAAGGCUUCAUCCCAUUGGAAAGUCCCUUUGCUCUUCUGGUUUUGGUUUCUUUCCUUUUGAGAGACUUGGUAAUGAUUGGUUAGAAGGAGGUUCAGAAGUCUCCUGCUGCUACUCUGCCAUCUUAGCUCUGCCCCCCAAUGCCUCCAUCUGCUGUUAAUCUUGUGUGUAAAGAUUUUUUAUGUAAAUUGAGAAAUGUUACACCACAUAUUAUGAUUAUCAUCAUUAUUAAUUUGCUUGAUGAAAAUUUGUUGAUGUAAAAAGUGAAUGUAAUGGUGAGAAUUUGUCUUUUGCACUAUUAGACCAGGAUAAAAGUCUUUCAAUCCUAGAAUUCUUACCAAAAGAGGUUUGAGUGAACUCUCUUUUAUCACCCAAAGUGGAAAAUGACCAUCUGUGCCUCAGUAGUUUGACUUGCCCCAAAGAUAAGUCCAUCAAUUUUGCUACUGUGAUGGUGAUUCUUCAUAGUGCCAUUUAUUUCUCAGUGUUGAUUUGUCUGCUGCCUUCUAUUUCAUAAGUGAUGCAAAACUUGAAGCCCUAUAUUUGUUGCAUUUACCUUAUUAAAGAUACCAAUGUCAUGUGGAUCAGACUCUCACAGACUAUCAAAAACUCUCCACAAGAUUUCUCUCAGAUAAUAUAAGAGGACUUACCAACUCCAGUGCAAAGCUGACUUGUUCCUAGCUUCCCCUAGCCAUGAAGUGGUUCCCUUUGAUUCAGGAAGGGAAAGAAGAUAUCCCAGGCACCAGGAAAAAGGACUUUUUCCCAAGGAGGACCUGUCAGUUUCCAAGACCAAGAGACAGAUACAUUCCUUAACAGGGUCAGCUGGCUAUUAGCCCUUAUGUUCAACUUCUGGGGAGAUAGUGAGGCCACUUUACUGUGCUCGUUGCAGCUUCACUUGUGAAAGCACUAACGACCACUCCUCGCCCAAGACUUGCAUUUCCCUAUGCCUAGUGGCUUGAGCUGCUAGACCACCGAAUGCAGACUUCUUUAGACCAGAGAUUGGCUAGAAAAAUGGAAAAUGGAAAAUAUCACUGUCAUCUCAAAUCCCCACUUGAUAUUCAUCUAUUUGGAGGAACCCUUAUAUGACUUUAAAACCUUAAAAAAAAACUAAAAAUUUUAUUGUUCCCUCGUGGUAAUACUGGGUCAGAGGGGGUGAAGGGGGCUACCGGAGCUACCAUGGUUUGAGGCUACAUGAACUGCACUGGUUUUUGAGUUCAACCUCUCUUUUGCCUAAUCUAUGUGGCCAGGCAGCAAAAUUUAUUGCCAUUCCAAGAACAAUAACUGAUUCAGCUCCAAAGAUAGCAGUUCAAGAAGGCCCGGCCUAUAAAUGCUGCCCAGGACACUGAGGCUGGAGGUGAUAAAGACUUAUAGUCAAUCAUCAUCUAUGAAAACACCCAUGAAGAUAAAGAAGGCAAAGACGCAAGGCUAAAUUGUAACCCAGGUAUCAUGGGUUUUAGGUGAGUACUGAAGGCAAGCUUUUUCCUUUUUUUCCCCUCAAAAUGUUAUCACCAAUCCUGCUUGUCAAUUCAUGCCUGGAGGUCAUUAUGGUUUGUAAAGCCAUUCCAGUCUCCAUAAAAUGCGAAUGUGUGGCUCAUGGAAUCACUUCAGUACUUUCUAGUAGAACAUUAGAAUUUCUAGAAUAUAUUGCUUAUUAAUAGGAUUCAAAAGGGUUAUGUCUCUACGAUGAGGGUGUGAAGAUUGGAUUUAGCUCUCCCCUGAUUGUAACAAUGAAGGUACUUAGCUCUUUUAUAGUGAAGAUAAAAUUUUAAUCCCAAUCUAUUUUUAGAUAAAUAGGGCAGUCCUGGAGAGAGGGUCUUCUGUGAUUGGUAGAAGUGAACUUUAGGGGAGGUGAAUCAAGAGAAAAAGAUCUUUAAAUAGAGGACCACAGAGGCCAGCGGAGGUAGGAUCUAAGAACUCUAACUCAGAGUUGGACUGGAGGAUCUGUAUCUUGAGCUUAGAGUGAAGAAGAGUUACUCAGAGGAGAGACUGGAAGACAGACACUUGAGGAGAGAGACAGAAACUCAGACUUUCCUGUGGAACUUGACCCUGGAGGAACUUGUGCAGGUGAUCUCAGACUGCUUUCCUUUUAGACAGUCACCUUGGUGAGUGAAAGGCUAAUUUAGUUUCCCUGCCCUUCUGGAAAUGUGAACCUCUGAGAAAGGCCCAUCGUCUUGAGACUCUUUUCUCUGAUUAGUACCUUAGAAUUUCAACCUGGCUCAGAGGAAGCUGGAGUUUUCUCUCCCCCUUUUAUCUCAUUCCCUAAUAUCUUCACUCUCUUGUAAAAUAAACUACCAUAAAUUCAGUUCACUUUAGUAAUUCAUUUAGGGAUUUAGUAAUUAAAUCCAUGAUGACCACCUAUUUGAUAUUCAGUCCAACCACAAAAAAUUUAACAAUUAUUUGGCUGACCAUGAUGGUUGUGAGGAAAUACCCUCAAUCUUCUUCACUUUUCUAAACUUUUCCAUUAACAUGACUAUAUCUAUGUUAGCUUUUAAUAGCUUAUUUUGAAUCUACAUAAAUCAGCUGAAGAUGUAAGGUUGCCGUUUCCAAUUCUCCCUUGUCAUAGGGAAUAAUCAACCUAAAGCUCAACUUGAAUAUAACUCAAGUCUACUGGAAAGUAUGGAGUUGAGUUUGGGGAAGAUCGUGAUUUUAAUAAAAAAAUGUGAAAUGAAUUUAAAACCUCCCCAGAGUACUAGUGACAUCUCUCCAUACUUCCUCAUCAUGAGAAUCUCUGUGCCACCCUGCACUACAUAGCAUGGCUUCUAGUUCACAAACUAUCCCCUCCCAUACCCUACUUAUUCCUUCCCCUACUACCCAACCCACUCCUCCCCCCACCCUGCCCAUACCUCCUGCCCCACCCCUUGUGCAUCCUUGCCCCCCAGCCCCUGCCCCUUCUUCCUUUACCCUUCCUUCCCACCAUUUCCCAUACUGCUCCUACCUCUCAUCCUUCUGGUACUAUGGGCCCACAAUCUCUCCCCCACAGCUUGUGCACCCCUUUCCCUUCUCUUACCUACCCCAUUGAAAAUGGAGCAAGAAGUCUAGACACAGAAGCACAAGACAAUUCAGGUAGAAGUUUGUUCCCUUUAAGAGAAAUUCCAACAUUAAAUAAAAAUGGAAAACUUGGUAUCUAUAAGACAACAUACACCUUUCAGUCCUGAGGAUUUAAAUAAAUUCAAGGAAGACCUUCCCUCAUUUGAGGAAGAGCCAAUAUUAUAAAAAGUUUCUCUCAGCUUAACCCCAGAAAUAAACAAAGUUCAAAGUCUCUUAUAGGCCACCAACUCAAAAGCUUCUCCCCUGAUCAUCUUCCACUGCUCAGAGCCAGAGACAAAGAGACCAAGACCCAAAGCCCAGUUUCUCUUCUCAGUGUCAACUUCCACUGCUCAGAGCCAGAGACAAAGUCCAAAAACCAAGGCAGCUUCAUAAAAGUCUUUUAGUUAGCUUCAAACCUCCAGGGAGAGAGAGUGUGUCUCCCAGUCAGAGACAAAAUCCAAAAGCCUCUCCUGAGUGAACUCAAGCUGUUAUAUGAAAAAAUAUAUAUAUGAUCCUACCAGGUCACAAGUUUGGGGUUUCUAGAUUCCAUGCAGACCCCCCCCACCCCCUUUUGGUCAAGACUGGAUGACACUGACCAAACAAAUGAACAAAUGAGUAUUUCUAUAUGGGGUUGAACUCCAUCACUAAUGGUGGGAAAGCCUAGAGGUACAGGUAUGGGCAAUUGACAUUUGGGGGCAUCCCCAAUGCCAUGGGCACAUUGAUAUUUGAGUCAGAAAGGCAGGCAGUCUGCCUCUGGCAAAAACUAACAACCAAAACAGGACCCUGUUUCCCCAAAGUUUUUUAAAUCAUUCAAAUCUGGUGGGCUCUGAUGUAAUGCCUUCAGCCUCCUCUCUCCUGCAGAAUUCUCCCUUUGUAUAAGAUUGCCUCAUUGCUGCAAGAGUGAACAAGAGAAUCCAUAAAUGCAUUUCUUUAACAGGACUUGAUCAACUCCCCAAAUACUUACUCAUUAUAAAGAUUAUCCCCAAUGCUAACCUUACUCUGCAAUCCCAUAUUAGUAAUUCUAUUAAUGUCUAUUCUACACCAAGUAUAAAAUUAUGUAAGCUACAUGCUUAAUCAGAAAGAUUGCCUUACUCUGCCAAAAUAAUCAUAUAAAAAGCAACAAAAAAAGCAUACAAACUACAGAAGUAUAAAAGCAAAAACAAAAUCCACAUCAUGGGUUAUUCAGGACAAGUAUAUCUGAAAAUGGCCCUUAUUCCUGUUUCAAGGCCAAAAUUAAAAUACUGUCUAGCACUAAGUAAAAUUUAACUAGACAUUCUAUUACAAGAAUCCCCAAAUCAUAUUUUAAAAAACUGCAUGACAAGUUCAGUUUCAAAACAAUUUUAAAAGUCAAAUUUAAGUUUCAAUAUUGAAAUUAACUCCAAAAAUUCUCAAGAUAAAAAUUGCCUCUAAUUUUCCUUAAUUUGAAAACCUCUCGCACACCCCUCUUUGAGGAGGUUGAAAUGCUAUAGCUUUAAAAACUCUUUUCAUUCAACUUUAACUACUUAACAGCCAUAACUGUGCGCUUAAACAGCUUAGGCUUUUUUCUUCUAUUAACUAUUACCUAGUAUGAAAAAAAAUGUUGCAACUGAGUCAGCCAAUGUAAAGUCUGUGGAUAAAAACUAUUGUUAAAAUAAUACUCCUAUUUUGACUGAGUUCUAGCCUUAACUAAAUUAGUUUUGGGUUCCCAUCGCAAUUUCCUGAGUAUCUAUUCAUUGGCAAUAAGGGCUCAUUUACCAUUGAACUUAGGUCUAGUCUAUAGGUGAUUUGAUUAGCAUUUUUAGGCACACAGAUUUCCAUCUUAUCUUUGUUUCCUGCCUUGAGGAUCCAAAAUGUAUAAACUUUACUUGUACUGGGGAGCCAUUCAGUGUUCUAUCAGAACCUUGUUUAUUAAAAAUGCUGCUUAGAACCUACUAUUUAUGUACAAGGCCUCCCCCUUUUUGGCAUGGCUAUUUUGCCAGUGUUAAGGUCUAGGAUUUCACCCACCACCAAGAAAGACCCGUGGACAAUGCAAUCAGGCAAAGAAAGGGCCAUUUAUUGAACUAGUACGCACUAGUGGGAACUCAGCCAAAAGAGUUCCUCCUUCCCUCCUGAAGACUCAGUCUUAAAUACUCUUCAGCAUGUAUAGCUCCCCUCCCUUCCUCCUUCUAGUCCAUUAUCUGUUACAUACCCUUGUUGGAGCGUUGCCGGUAUGUAUGGCUCCCCUCAGCCCUUAUCUGCUAUGUACUGUCCUUGGUACCUUGACAUUUUCAUGUCACAGGGUCUUUUUGGCCCUUUCUUACCUGGUGCCCAGUGCAGCUGGGAUCUUGGCAUAAUUCUGGCUUUGAAUUUCCAAGGCUAGGUAGCUCCCUGUUCAGGCCUUCCUGAACUUCCAAGGCUGGGCAAUUUCCUGCUCUGGCCUCCCUCACCAGGUUUUCCUUAUGACCUAAACUCUUCCUUUUAAGAAAAGGGAUCUCUUUGAAUUUCCUUACUCAUUCACAAUGGCUAAAACUUUCUAUCUGCCUCCGUAAUUUCCAUAUUUUAUGCCUUGCCUUCCUGAGUCUUCUUUCAUGAUUACAGAAAAUUUGCUAUUAACAGGAGAAAACUGGGAAGUGACUUAAAAUGAGGGAGAAAAGCUCCAAUAAUUUGGAAUAUUAAUGCCUUUCGUAAGUUGGCCAUGAUCAGCAGUCAGUUGUAGAACUUGACAGAAACUUAGCCCUUCUUCCAUUCGCCCUUGUGACUAUCAAUAACCAAUUUCCUCCAUAGCAUUUCUUUUCCCAGUUAUCUUCACAUACAAUUCACCCUUAGAUGGCAAUUCUCUGUAACCAUGCUAAGGGUUUAAAAUUACCUUCUGUUACUAACAAUUAUUUUUGGGCUCCUUCAUUCUUUAACUUCUGAUACUACUUUGAGAGACACCCCAUCAUUCUGGAAUCUUUGCUGCAAAUUCUCCAAUGAACAGAUGUUACUUUCAAACCUCUUAACAAGGUAAAAUGCUCCUAUUUUAAACUUUCCUCCUUCAACUCAGUCUGGGGACUAGCUUUGUCCUUUCUAGGUUCUCUACUUAAAGGGACUUUGCUCAGGGUAAAUAGAAUUCUCAGGGUAAAUAAAAUGGCCAGUUUAUGUCUGCUACAGAAGUAUUUCUAAAGUCAAUGAUAAUGAUGAGAAACAAUACUUAUCCAGAUUCUGUAUCUUGAGGGCUCCUUUGAAUUCCUCACAGACAUGUCUUCUUCAGGAAUCCUUCAGAUUCUAGGCUGCAGGAAAAUCUGGUCCAGGCUUUUGGCUCCUAAGAAACAUCUUGAGGUAAAACUUAACUUUAAUACGUUUUAAUCACUUCACCCACACUCCAGAACUGGGGUGGUAAAUUCCAGGGCGUUCCUAGAAAUUUCUUAGGAGUUUCCUGGGUGGGGAAUUCCUUUAUUAGUAGUCAUGUGCCAAUGAUCAUCAGAAACAGAUCAUCAGUUAGUUUCACAAAACAAUUAAUUCUUUCCACUUAAAAAGGAAAAUUAGUCAUCAGUAUUCACUGGUCCUUUAAAACAAAAACUUAUCUAUUGUAAUGGUUGCACUCUGGAAAUUUACCUUAAAAAUUCCAAAAAGUAGGUUAUAGUUCAUGAUCCUUUUAAUUUUUCAAAAACUACAACCCAUUUUUACUCCAGAACUCUCACACACACACGCAUACAUUAAUCAGAAAAAGUCUUGUUCUUUGAAAACAGUAGCUUGACAAUGUGAAAUGACAGCACUCAAAUAACAAAGUUAAUACUUAGAAUAAAAUGUAUCUUAUUGCCAAUACUGAAAAUUAUCUGCACUUGAUAUUGUGAAUCUUAAAACUACUCAGACUCUACUUUAGAUUUGAUUAAGCUAUUCCCCAUUUUUAACAAUGGAGGCACUUGAUCAGGAAUGUAUUGAGAACUUUUAAAAUUACUCCACCCUGCUCAGACAGUGCCUUAGGGGAAGAUAAAGUUGAAAACUCCUGAUUGAACAAUGAAAAGUCCUCAACUCAUACUUAUAGUAAAGCCAAAACCUUAAGCUAGGUGGUCUAUUUUUAGAUCUAAUGCAAAAGGGUGCUAAGUACCUAUAAAGGUUAAAUCAGUACCUAAAAAAUCAAGCAACUUACAAAAGGCAAGUUUAACAAAAGUGGUGUGAAGUACUCAGAGGAUUUAAUCUAACCAGAGAAGGUGAGAACAAAAGAAGACGAAAACUAAGAAUAGAAAGUCCUGGGGAAAAGCAUCUACUGUGAUUGGUAGCUGUGAAAAUUUAGGGGCGGUGACCCAAGAGAAAAUUUCUUUAAAAAGGAAGGGAGUUUGGAUUGGAAUUUUUUAGUUUGGAGUAGUUGGAGUUUGAAGUUGAAUUCUUGUUGGAGUUGAGUUGAAGUAAGGACAUUUUGAAUGGAGUUUGUAAUUGAACCCAGCUUAGAGAUGAUCUUGUGGUGAGUGAUAAAGACUGACUCGCUCUCCCUUAGGCUCAGGCCUAGGCCAUUUUUGGCCUAGGCCCUUUUCUACUGCUUGGCUAUUCUCUCUCUCUCUCUCUCUCUCUCUCUCUCUCUCUCUCUCUCUCUCUCUCUCUCUCUCCCCCCUUACUUCCUUCAUUUAUAUGAAUUAAAAUCUCCAUAAAUCCCAGCUGACUUGUGCCCCUUCCAGUGUCCCCUUUGGCCACAGGCUGGACAUGGAGUCGUGGGUGGUCUUUCCUUCCAAGGCCAAUCCUUCGACCAGUGCCCAUCCCAUCCACAGGUGUAGCAAGAGCCCCUUGGCCUCUGCCCAUAGGUCAGAGAGGUGAGAACUGCCGUGAGGAGUUUCUCACAUUUCUGUCCUUCUGUCUCAACAAGGUCCCUGUUGUGAAAGACCUUAAAAGCAGCAUCCAUUAAUUGAUUAAUUGGACUCUGAGGUCCCAGUUCCAGCUUUUGCAGUUUUCUCCUGAUGUCUAGGGCAGACUGUCCUAUAAAGUGGAGUCUUAAGAUAAGUGCCCCCUCAUCAGUGUCUGGGUGAUUUCAUGAUUUCCACUGAUCGGGACAGGAAGAGAGCUGGAUUCUCCUCCUUUCCCUGAAUGAUUUCUUUGAGUUUAUUGUAAUUUACUCGCUUUCUAAUCUCUUUCUGCAUGGCCUCAAGGAGACAGUCUAUCAUAUGGUCUCUCCUAAGUCUGUCCCUUUCAUUCACAUAGUCCCAUCCAGGAUCUUGCCCUGGGACUGCGGUGGCACCAGGAACUCUUGCCCAUGUGCCAGCUAGGGCCUUCUCAUCACCUAUUUCUACAGCCAAAUCCCAGAUCCGUUUUUUCUCACCUGGGGUGCAACAGGUGGAGAUAAUAAUAAUAUGCAGAUCUGCCCAGGUCAGGUCAAACAGCAGGGUCAGGGAUUUAAAGCCCUCCAUGAAUUUGGUCUAGUUCUCUGAGUAGCGAUCCAAUUUCUUCUUCAUCUGAGCUAGAUCAGUCAUAGAAAAGGGAACAUGUACCCGAGCCAGCCCAUCUGGCCGAGGGUACUUCUCUCAUAGGGAGGAGGUGGGCCCUGUCGCCAUAGUUCAGUCUCAGUCCACUCUGGGUGUGGAGUGGGUUUGGUUGAGGAAUGGGCGAGGUAACAUUAUCCUUAGGCAGUGGCGGGUACAAAAGGAUAUUACGAUUGGGAAUAGAGAGAGGAGUGGUCUCAGGCUCUGAACCCAGAGAGUAAGGCGGAGGGUUUGGAGCUGAGAAUUGAGGAGAGGAACCAGGAAAAUAUGGAGGAGGGGAUUCUGAAGUAGAAGUUAGUUUGGGGGGAGGGGAAGGUCUUGGCCAUGCCACAGCCAGUGUAGGAGAUGUUAUCUUUCUACCCCUCAGGGAAGCUAAAUUGCUUGGGAGAGCUAAGUCAUCCAGAACAUCCUGUUGGGGACUUUCCCCAGAAGGGGUCAGUAAGGAGGUGGCAAGGCACAUGCGACAUAAUCGUCUUAUCUCAGGAUUCUGGCUGAGUUUAAUGAAAGCGGAAAUGUAGGGAAUGGCUGUCCAUUUCCCUUCCCUUCUGCAGAACAAAUCCAAUUGUCUGAUAAUGUUAUAAUGUAGGGUACCAUGGAUAGGCCAAGUUUCUUGAUUACCAAGGAUGCAAUGUGGCCAGACAACAUUACAAAAAUAAAUUAAUUGCUUUUUCUUUAA